UGGGGGCGGAGCCUCUGAACUGCGACGAUGAGCCAAAAUAGCGAGGACGGUUGAGUUUGGAAGAGUUUAGGAUUUUCCUGCUCUGUAUCUCCUUCUUUUCUUCCCAGCGUGUAAGCCAACCAACGACUGCUGAGGCCGAACGUCGAGUCCACGCAGCGGGUCGUCUUCUGCCGGCAUGGCUGAAGCAGAAGCACCGACGAGCGGAUUAAACAAUGGCAACCUGUCGCUGACGUGCACGGCUCGUCGACCGUGGAGCAGCUGGACCGGAGCCAGUUGCGAUGGUUGAGUGAGAGACGAGAGAGACUUUUUAGCCGCCAAAAUAGUUCUGCGAGGAGCAUUGUACUGUCAACAGGCGAGAGACGCCAUGUGCAGCCCGGCUACACGCAUGUGGAGAGCCGCUGUGUGCUGCUGGAUGUUAACAUUCCUGCACACCUCCUCAGGUCUAAAUGUGUGUAUGAGUGGCAGCGCUACUUCUUGUGAAGAAUGCCUCCUCAUCCACCCCAGUUGCGCCUGGUGCGCACAAGAGGACUUCGGUAGGGGGCGCACCCUCAACUCCCGCUGCGACUUCUUCCAAAAUUUGCACAAGCGAGGCUGCGGGAGCCGCUUCGUGGAGCACCCUACCAACAGCAUGACAGUCCGGCAGGACAUGCCUCUGAGCUCCAAAGGCUCCGGCUUCAAACAGUACGACGUGGUCCAGAUCAGACCGCAGAGCCUCUCUCUCAGCUUGCGACCAGGACAGCAGACGUGGUUUGACCUGCAGGUGCGGCAGGUGGAGGACUACCCGGUGGACCUCUACUACCUGAUGGACCUCUCCCUUUCCAUGAAGGACGACCUAGACACCAUCCGCAACCUGGGCACCAAGCUCGCCGAGGAGAUGGCCAAACUCACCAGCAACUUCAGGAUGGGCUUUGGCACUUUCGUGGACAAGAACCUCUCGCCCUUCUCCUACACGGCACCAAAGUACCAGGAGAACCCAUGCAACGGGUACAAGCUGUUCCCGAACUGCGUGCCCACCUUUGGCUUCCGCCACAUCUUGUCGCUGACGGACCAGGUAGACCGCUUCAACCAGGAAGUGCAGAAGCAGAUGGUGUCUCGCAACCGGGAUGCCCCCGAAGGCGGCUUUGACGCCAUCCUGCAGGCGGCGGUUUGUAAGGAGGAGAUCGGCUGGAGGAAGGAGGCCUACCACCUGCUGGUGUUCGCCACCGACGACGUGCCCCAUCUGGCUCUGGACGGGCGGCUGGGCGGCCUCGUGCGACCCCACGAUGGACGCUGCCACCUGGACGACAAGAGAGAGUACAACGCCUCCACACACAUGGACUACCCUUCUCUGGCGCUGCUGGGCGAGAAACUGGCGGAAAACAACAUUUUCCUCAUUUUCGCCGUCACAAAGCGCUUGUAUGUCAUUUAUAAGGAUUUCACGGCGCUUAUACCGGGCACCACAGUGGAGAUCCUGGACCAGGACUCCAAGAACGUCAUCCAGCUCAUCAUCACUGCCUACAGCAACAUUCGCUCCAAAGUGGAGCUGACGGUGUGGGAUCAGCCCGAAGACCUCAGCCUGUCUUUCAGUGCCACCUGCCAGGAUGGACAACCUCUGCCUGGCCUCAGGAAGUGCACCGACUUGAAGAUCGGCGACACAGUGUCAUUUAACGUGAGUGUGGAGGCCAGGAGCUGUCCUCCUCGCCGCACCGACCACAGUUUCACCAUCAGGCCGGUGGGCUUCAAAGACCGCCUGCAGGUCGCCGUGGACUACCAGUGCGAUUGCGGCUGCACCCAGGUGGCACAGACCAACAGCAGCCUCUGCAGCUCCAUCGGUACGUACAAGUGCGGGAACUGCCAGUGCGAUCCGGGCUACCUGGGCGCCCGCUGCGAGUGCCAGGAGGGCGAGGCGGGCAGCGGGCACAUGGCGGCUUGCCGCGAAGCCGAGGGCAAGCAGGUGUGCAGCGGGCGCGGCGAGUGCAGCUGCAACCAGUGCUUGUGCUACGAGUCCGAGUUCGGCAAGAUCUACGGCACAUUCUGCGAGUGCGACGACUUCUCGUGCGCUCGGCACAAAGGUGUCCUCUGCUCAGGUCGCGGCGAGUGCCACUGCGGCGAGUGCAAGUGUCACGUCGGCUACGUGGGGGACAACUGCAACUGCUCCACGGAGACGGCAUCCUGCAUGGCUGACGACGGGCAGCUGUGCAGCGGGCGGGGCCACUGCGUGUGCGGGCGCUGCCAGUGCACGCAGCCCGGCGCCUUCGGAGACGCCUGCCAAAAGUGCCCCACCUGCCCGGACGCCUGCGACAGCAAAAGAGAAUGCGUGGAGUGUCAUCUGCUGAAGUCGGGACAUCCGUCAGACAACCAGACAUGUCAGCAGCGCGUGUGCAAGGAUGAAAUAGUCACAGUGGACGCUCUCAAAACGGAGGAGCCGGGCGCCGUCUUGUGCGUCUACAAGACAGACGACGACUGCGUGAUGAAGUUCACGUAUUUGGAGCACGCCAGCGGACGAGCGGUGCUGACGGCGCUGAGGGAAGCAGAGUGUUCCGGCGGUCCAGACGCGCUGAUGGUCCUGCUAGCAGUGGUUGGCAGCAUCCUGCUGGUGGGCGUGAUCUUGCUGGCCGCCUGGAAGAUGGUCAUCACAGUGCACGACCGCCGGGAGUUUGCGCGCUUCCAGAGCGCUCGCUCCCGUGCACGCUACGAGGUGGCCUCCAACCCACUGUACAAGCAACCCGCCUCGGCCGCCUUCGUGGAACUGGACUUUGACCCCUACGCCAAGUCCUACAACGGGGCGGUCCACUGACGCACGUUUUGAUGGGCGGGCUGGACACGCCCCCUCUAUUACAAGAAUGCGCGCGCUAACUGGCAGGGCCUCUGAGUGGAGCUAAGCUGGCACGUUAGCGGUGUUGAUUUUGACACAAACUUCCUCCUAUUGUGCCUUUUCCCGGAAAUGACUUUCUUCCGCUUCCUGAUUGGCGACACAAAGCUCACUGGAAAUACUCCCAGUCCAAGAAGUACCGUGAGUAUGUUGGAAGUAGGAGUGACUCUGCACUUUUUUAUCUCCCACUUUUACUCAAAACAUCAAACUGCUCAGCUUUCACAAAGAAAGUAUACAAAGUACAACAGUAAACUUUCAUUUGAGGUACAUUUUACUGGCUGAAGUACAAUAUUAAUAAUUCAACAUUCAUCUUAACUUAUCUUUAGUCGCAACAGAAACUGUACUAAGCAGGAAGCUAAACAUAGAAUCUCUUCAGUGCUAUCGCUAGCUAGCGAGGACUAUGACGCCCUCACGCUUGGCUACACACUUCAGUUUUUUACCUCUCAUUUCUAUUCGUUUUCACUACAGCAAGGAAUGAAAAACAUAAAACCGCUCAGUUUUUUAUCUGGAAUAAAAAGUACAAGAGCUACAAUCCAAAUACAACAGUAAAAGUAUAUCGUGUUUGCUAGCUAGCUAGGACUAUGUUGUCCUCGCGCUUUGUUACACUCUUCAGUUUUUGAUGUCUCACUUCCAUUAAUUUUCACCACAGCAAGGAAUAAAAAACAUAAAACCUCAGUUUUUGAUCUGGUAUAAGUUUUACAAAUGAAGUAAAAAAGAUAAAAUAAAAUUAAAAAAAGUACAAUAGCCACAGUGCAAAUACAACAGUAAACUUCUAUCUGUAGUACAUUUUACUGGUUUAAGUACAAUUUUAAUAACUCAACAUUCAUCUUAACCUAUCUUUCAUCACAUAUUUCAAAAGAAAUGUUUCCAAGCAAGAAACUAACCAUAGCGUUUCUUUAGCAUUAGCGAGCGAGCUGGCUAAAACUCCUGCUGUAUCACAUCUUAACCUGUCAGCACAAACCUAGGAAAUUACUACAGCUUUAACACUUUGAGUCGUGAAAAAAAUUACAAAAAUAAAGUAUGUGCAUUCAAAUUGUUCGGAUAGCAAUAUGAUGUUGGAAGUUGCGUAAUCAUGUGGAGUGAAAAUUGAGAUGAAAAUGGCAGCUUCAAAAUUUAAUAAUGAACUAUGUAGAUGGAUGAAAUUUCUUUUAAAUUUAAAGUGGGCUUGUCUUUAAUUUCAGGUUGUUGUCAAUACUUUGGCGAACCGAAAAAUGGAGAAAUGUUAAAACUACAUUUUGGGGGGAAAAAACUUGACUCACACUUCCUGUCCCUCGCCUAAAUGUGCACUGAUUGGGAACGAAAAUUGCGGUACAAAAACAUGUUUGGUUGCACCUUCAUUAAAUAUUGUGAAAACAACAAAUGCUAAGCUAACAUAUUAGAAAAGCUCAUUAAUAAUUUGUUAUUUUUACAAAAUGCUGAAGAACAAUAAAAAGGACUUUGGGCUGAAAAUGGCCCCCAGGUUGCAGUUUGGAGACACCUACAAUUGUUUUUAAGAUGGUAAUGCACAUGACAGGAUGACGUUUAGAGUGUGUGUGUGUUGUAUUAGUGUCACAUGUAAAUACACCAUGCACACUUUGUAUGAUAACACAUGUUUGUGUCGUGCUACACAACAACACAAUAAAUGAGCUUGUUUGAGGUGACCUUACAA